AUGGCUGGCCAGCAGUUCGUCUUCGCCGAGGCCAUCGUUGGCAUGAAGAAAGCCGUCGCGCGAUAUGAUGCUUCUGACGAGGACGACUCCGCCGCCGAGAUCGCUCGCUCUGUCCAGCACAAGCUCAAGCGCAAGGCUCCGCGAUCCCACUCAAUUCUGGACAACGGCCGCUUCAUCUACAAAAAGCCCAAAAUCGACCAUGCCGGCUACAAACGGCACAUCAUAGCUCGCAACCCCCCUCUAAUUGACGAAGAUGGCGACGAGAUCGAAGACAUUGACGAUGAUGAGUCUAUUGAUGGCUCACUGGCCGGGGACAAUCCGUAUGGAGAUAUCAGACUAGAGGAGCUCCUCGCGCCUUUGACAUCCGCUGCCGACCUGGCGACGCACCCUUCCAUGUCCAUACCGUACUACUCGAACCAUAUCACCGAACUGGCGAACAAUUCACGCGAAGUUCUGCAGAGGGAAGAAAAGAGUCUUUGGCGGGCAAAAGCUAUCAUGGCGAAGCUUCUCGGUGACGAUACAUGGCUUCCGGUAGGCUUGAUGGAAACAGAAUAUGAUAGAGAGGUCCUAAACGAGGGGAGUGCUCUUGUUGCCGCCGCUGCUUCGGCGUCUGUGGGGUCUCUGGAUGCGGACAACGCCGAGCGGCAAGGCGCGAGCUGGGAGGACCCUAUCAAAGCGUCAGAAGACACCAACAUGCAAGAGGCCUCUCAGCCAGCGGGCGUCCAGCAGGCGGAGCCUCAAGCACCAACCGGAGACAACGAUGUUCCUAUGGAAAAUGGCACCGAGGCGCAAGACAGUGGUUCGACGAGGGGUGAAUUGACCCAGCAAACCGAGCCUCAGCACAAUGCUCAAUCGAACGGCACCCACCCAGACCCAAGUUCGGACGCGUCAGGCCAGGUUCCCCACCAAAAUGGCACUCGACAAAACGGUACAGAGGGGGGCCGACAAGCGGCGAACGACGAUGGUCUCAAGGACGAGGAUCAGGGCGCAUCUGCAGAGAGCGCCGGGGACAAGAUGCAAGUUGACAUGGCCAAUGGGACGGCAGAGGAUGGCGGCAACGACGCGCAUUCGGACGACGGCGAAGACAGCAACAGCCAGCAAACGUCACACCGCAUGACGACCCGCGCGCAACGCCGUGCGAACUCGCAACCAUCUUCGGCGCCGGGAUCCCCGCGUACGCUAUCCCCCGAGUCGCCUGCAGAGCCGCCGGUCCAUCCUUUAUUCCAGUUCCCCGUCGAGAACCUCGUCGACCGCGACAUGGGUCUUCCGCAAAACGAGGCGGAGGAUACACGCACAUGGCUGCUCAUGUACAUCCAAAAGCAGGAGGAAGUUGUCAGGCAGACACGCGCGCUUUAUACGGGGUUGAUGCAGGCGGACCGUAAGCGCAAGAUGGUGCUGAAGUGGGCCAAGGCGGAAGGCCACGUUGGAGAGAUGAGUGAUGGCGAGGAUUGGGUCGACAAGGAAGAAUGGGGCCUGACGGAAGACUUGGUUAAAGGCAAAGAGGAAGAGGAAGAGGAAGGGGUGGUACAAGGCAAGAAGACGAGAGCAAGGCGGAGAGAGGAAAAGUAG